CGUAGAAAAGGAAAGAGCAGAAGAGCGAAAAAAAGGCAAAGAAAAAUAAGGAAGAAAAUAGACGCAGGGAGGAGAGGAAAAAACUCGAAGAGAAGAAAGGAUAACUCUGUAUUUUUAAAAGAUAAGAUCGUGAUGGAAUUUCCAUCAAACUUUACCGAGCUAUCCGACAAUUUAAAUUACACUGUCAGCACCUUCAACACUUCCUAUACGAAUUACGAUCAACUUAAUUUACCCUACACCGUUUGUGAAAUACUCGUUGCUAUCUGUGCCGUAUUUGGAAACGGUCUGGUCAUCAUAGUCUUCGGCAAGGAAAAGAAAUUACGAAGACGUACGAAUUACUACAUCAUCUCUUUGGCAACGGCCGAUCUUCUCGUUGGUCUAUUUGCCAUACCCUUUGCCAUACUCGCCAGUAUAGGUCUACCAACAAAUUUACACGCCUGUCUCUUCACAGUCUCAGUGCUCGUUGUACUCUGCACGAUCAGUAUCUUUUGCCUCGUGGCAGUAUCCGUAGAUCGUUAUUGGGCUAUUCUUCAUCCCAUGGGAUAUUCUCGUACUGUUCGCACGAAAACUGCCAUAGGUAUAAUCUGCGUAUGUUGGAUCACCGGGACAUUGGUAGGCUUCUUACCACUUUUCGGAUGGAACGCUGGAAAAAAAUCCGACGAGAAGUGUAUAUUCACUCAGGUGAUGGACUACGAUUAUCUGGUCUUCCUCUAUUUCGCUACCAUCAUAUUCCCAGCGUUAUUAAUCGUCGCAUUUUACGCCCUUAUCUACAGGGUAGUCGUAAAGCAGGAGAAAAGUCCCUUUUUGGAUUCGGGGGUUAAGACGGAACGACGAACUUCGAAAGACGCUAAGUACCGGUCCCGUUUGCUCGAUGGGAAAACACGAUCGACGGGAUGCUUUCAGUUGCAGCAGAUAGUCACGAUGAAUCCAGGACGUCGUAGCGGUGGUGGUAGCAUCUCUGGUCUUGCUGGUGGUACUACUUUGGCCACUGGUGUUACUGGUGCUGGUGCUGGUGCUGGUACUGGUGCUGCUGGUGGUGGUGGUGGUGGUGCUGGUGUUAGCGGUAACCAUCACACGACCGGGACGAUGCAACGUUUCAAGCGCGAUGUCAAGGCCACACAAAAUCUAUCCCACAUAGUAAUAUUCUUCAUCAUCUGUUGGUUCCCUCUUUACACGAUAAACUGCGUGAUGGCUUUCUGUCCGCGUUGCCAAGUCAACGAGUUCUUCAUGAAUCUCUGUAUCAUUUUGUCUCACUUAAAUUCAGUCGGAAAUCCUCUUCUCUAUGCUUAUCAUCUCAAAGACUUCCGUGAGGCUCUGAAGAAUUACUGGCGUCUAUUAUUUUCGAACGGCGAAGUUAAGUCUAGCGUCGUUAACGUCAUUCACGAAAGAGGAUCCCUGGCUGGUUCGCAGAGACAGUUUCAAAGACAAUCCUUCGUUGGUACUUUGCCGAUUAGAAAAGAAAGGUCCAGUCUUUUGAGACAGGUGACGGAUUUCCAAGCUAAAGAAACGUCUUCCUUGAGUCGGGCAUCUUCCAUUCGUGACAAAGAGGAACGUAACGAGCCAAUGGUUUCAUCGAGUUCCUCGCCGAGCGAAGAAAAACUACGUAGCAGCAGCGAGUAUCCUUUAAACGAGGAUAGUCCUUCCUCCACGUAUGAAAGAAGUUCCUUGGAACGUUCCGAAUCUGCUGAUACUCCAUCAAGGGAGGAUUCGCAAAUGGAAUUACAAAUUUAUAAAGCUCUCGCAACCGUUCCAACAUCGUCGGAAGUAGAUCGUUCCGAUCGUUUCGAGGAACUCCCACCCACCUCGAUUUUCAUAAUAGAGGCGGAUGUGAAUCGAACUGUGUCGAAUCGAGAUAAAUGUGAGGUGAAUUCGAACGAGAGGCAGGACGAGGGAGGAUAAUCCCUUUCGAGAGAAUAAUUUAUGGUUUCAACGAUAUAUAUACGAUAAUGCAUUGCAUGCAUACGAAUGUAAUUCGUUGAUUGACUCUGAUCCGAUUGGUCGAUGAUCUAUGUCAAAUAGAAAUGCGCGAUAUUCGAAUGUUCGAUGUUCGUACUACGUGUGCUCAGAAAAUUCUUCAUUGCGCGUAAUAUAUAAUUCGUAGGAACCAUAUAUAUAUAUAUAUAUAUAUA